CGCGGAGAGUCCGUCAUGUUACCCCAAGAAAUCAUUGCAAAGCUUCCCUCGCAGUACGAAAAAGCAUUAGCUUCUGGAGAUCUCUUCUUCUUUCCCUCGAGUGUUCAUCACCAUUAUGAAUCCGGUGUCGAAUACGAAAUAAGACUAUGUCCCGCUCUUCAGAAGAAACCGCAACUUCCACCUCCCGACUUCAGCUCUACUGUCGAAACUCCCAAGAAUGACUCGAAACCGUUCGAUCCUUUUGCGCCGCCCUACAAUACGGGACUUUUCGUAGGGUAUCUACGUGAUCAAAGGCAAGAUGAAGAAGAAUAUGUUAUACUAUUAAAUAAAUACUGCGUGGUUCCUGAGCAUUUUCUCCUCGUCACCAAAGAAUUUCGUUUGCAAUCAUCACCUCCAACACCUGAUGACUUGUUUAAUGCGUACGCUUUGAUAGUCGCUGCGCGAAAAAAGCUUAAAAACGUGAUUGCCUUCUACAAUUGUGGCGAACUGAGUGGUGCCAGUCAAGCCCAUAAGCACUUACAACUCAUAGAAAUUGAAGGCGACGGACCACCCAUAGAGGCCAUCGCUCGUCAAAUCCACCUCGAAACGCCAGAUAAACCUUUCUCCGUCACACGUUUACCAUAUGCCAAUCAUGUCGUUCGUUUUCCCUCCAAUCUCGCGACCUCCAAGCCCGAAGUAGUAGAAGGACUCCUCACACAAUCAUUUGUAUCUCUGAUGGACCUGGCGAUAUCUUCCAUCCGUUAUGACGUCGACUACCCCAGCGGAAAAGCAUCGUAUAAUGUGAUAUUAACUCUUGAACAUAUGCACAUUAUCCCGAGGCAGACAGACAUUUACACCCUGGAUACAGGAAGUACGCUGAACAUCAAUUCUUUAGGCUUCGCUGGGAUGUUCUUGGUGAAGAGUGACGAAGAACUGGAGGCGGUAAAGAAGGAGGGGGUGACGAAGAUUCUGAGGGCAGUAGGUGUGGGGAAUGUGCACGAUGAGCAAGUCAAGGGGGUGACGGAAGACUGAGAGGUAAGUGUAAUACCAUGACCGUAAGUACAGUACAGCCCCUGUAUCAUGAUCAGGAACGGUAAGUAGACCUCCAUCAUACACACUAAUAGGAGCCGUACGUAACGGGACAGUUCGAAUGAUGUGGACGCGGUUGCUAUCCUCAUGGUCGA